AUGUUUGGUUUGUUCUAUGGACUAUGGAAGUAUAUGUUCAGCAAAACAGAGUACUAUGUUCUGAUACUUGGUUUAGACGGUGCUGGUAAAACUACACUACUAGAGGAGAUAAAGACAAAGUAUACAAAGACUCCUGGUCUGCCUCCACAGAGUAUCAUACCAACAGUUGGUUUGAACAUUGGCAGGAUCAUUAUCGAUAGUAUCAAGUUAAUCUUUUGGGACCUUGGUGGACAGGUAGACCUGAGGUCAAUAUGGGACAAAUACUACACAAGUAUACAUGCAGUAAUCUAUGUUGUGGACUCUGCCGAUCAGGCACGUCUUAAUGAAUCAAAGACAGAGUUGGAGAGGAUUAUCGCUCAUGAUGAUCUAAGAGAUGUUCCAAUUCUAUUAUUCUUCAACAAACAAGACUUGCCCGAUGCUCAAAGAAUAGAUAUCCUAUCAUCAAUGUUCAGAUCAGUGACCAAUCUAAUCAAUGAUACAACAAACGAUAUAUCAAGAAAUGUACAGCUACAACCAUUAAUCGCUAAUACAGGCCAAGGCCUUAACGAAGGUAUGAAUUGGUUAGUAGACAAUCUAAAGAAGAAUGCCAGGGCAGUGGAGCCAACAUAG